AUGCAGUUCCUUAAGGAUUUGGGCAUGCUAGAAGGUGGCAGAAUGAGGCUGAGUUUUCAUGUUUCAACCUUUAUAGAGUCUGUAACUUUACUCUCAGAGAAAAGUUUUCACCUACAACAUCUCCUCUUAGUCAAUGCUGAAGCCCAUCAAAAUACCAGGAACCAAGCGCCUCCAGGUCUCUACACAAAGACCCAGGACCUGGCCAAUGCCCCCAACGCCCCUGACAUUCUCGAGAUCGAGUUCAAAAAAGGGGUCCCCGUGAAGAUGACCAACGUUAAGGAUGGCACCACCCACCAGACCUCCUUGGAGCUCUUCACGUACCUGAGUCAAGUCGCGAGCAAGCACGGUGUGGGCCGUACUGACGUCGUGGAGAACCGCUUCAUUAGAAUGAAGUCUCGAGGUAUCUACGAGACCCCAGCAAGCACCAUCCUUUACCACACCUAUUUAGAUAUCGAGGCCUUCACCAUGGACUGCGAAGUGCGCAAAAUCAAACAAGGCCUGGGCUUGAAAUUUGCUGAGCUGAUGUAUACUGCUUUCUGGCACAGCCCUGAAUGUGAAUUUGUCCACCACUGCAUCGCCAAGUCCGAGGAGCGAGUGGAAGGGAAAGUGCAGGUGUCUGUCCUCAAGGGCCAGGUGUACAUCCUUAGCUGGGAGUCUCCACUGUCUCUCUACAACAAGGAGCUGAUGAGCAUGAACAUGCAGGGUGAUUAUGAGCCAAUUGAUUCCACCGGGUUCAUCAACAUCAAUUCCCUCAGGCUGAAGGAAUAUCAUCUCCAGAGAAAGGUCACUGCCAAAUAGACCCCUGUACAAU